GCUUUUGAACCGGACUUUGAUGGGUUCCGAGAUGGCUUGUUGGCCUGGUUCAAGAGCGAGUCAGCAGCCGCAAAUUGGCCGAAUGAGGUGGAGGGCGGUGCGGCUGCCAGUACAUCCGGCUCAAAGUUCCAAGUCGGAAUUGGUUCGGGUCAUGGAGCCACCGGCAAUGUCAAGUUCAUCGGGGGCGACACAGGCGUGAAAGUCGACUUCGGCCCAAUCCUCACGAAGGACUACACCGUCUGCUCGGUUGACCGCUACACCGGAGGCAGCAAAGGGCGAAUUCUCGAUUGCAACAAUAAGAACUGGCUGCAUGGGCACUGGGCUAGCCAAGUUGGUGUGGCACAUUACCAGCAUUGGAACACGAACAGUCAUCGAAACGGUGGUAAUGAAGACUGGCUCGUGAUGUGUGGCACCGACAAUCGCCAGGCCUACUUGGGCAGCAGUCCGGACACGAACAUCGCCACCAACGACGGACAUUCGUUUGGAAACGGAGAGCACAGGUUGGUAACUAACUACAGGGAAAAAUCGAACUUUGCCAUUAUGGAGGUCAUGGUCUGGAAGCGGCAGCUAACCCAAGCUGAGAUCAAGGCUACCAUGCAGUACCUGAAGGACAAGCUGGAGAACGGUUCC